AUGGCUUCUGGUUUCGGUCUCAAUGGCGGCCCCUCGCGCUGCUUCGCCUUUUGGCAGGAACUCCUCGGAUGCUACGUUGUGAAUGGAUCAGAUGGCGUGGAAGGGAAGAAGAAGUGCCUUGCAGCUUUCGAAGAUUACUCCGAGUGCCUGCACCACAGCAAAGAGAUUAUUCGAACGAAGCGACUUCAAGCAGCCUACCGCAAAGCAGAGGCUACCUUCCCUAGAGAAAACGCACCAAAAGCCGAGGAUAUCCGGAAUCUAGGAUUGCUGGGCAAAGAGAGCGAGUCGGCGAAAGUUUUGGGCUUGCAGUAG